UAUUGAUUUGUUCGCAGUGUUUAAGAUUUCAUUGUUAAUGGAUUAUCUGAUACAAUUGAAAUUAUUCACAUUUUAAUCAUACAUUUCUAUCCUUAUAGUUCAGUAAUCUCUAACCUUUUAGCAUUCAAAGGAUAGCACUAGUCAUUUUUCAUUUGUGUGAAAAACAAGAUUUCUUUUUUGCUCCUUCUUCUUGCUACCAUUAGAUGCCAAUUAUUUUCUCUUUUAAUAUGCUUUCCUGUAUUUUCAAAGCUACAUAAACAUGGAGAAAAAAAGCUAGAAAAUAAGCAAAAAAUAGGAUCAUUCCAAAUUCUGCCAUCUAAUAUAAACAUUGUUAUUAUUUUAAAUUAUGUGCUAUCAUGAAUUGCCCCAUGCAGUGAAUUUGUAUAUAUAAAUCUUAUAUAACAUUAUUUAGAAGGGACACAUCUGGUAUUUGUUCAGAAGAACUUCUCUUGUAAAGCAUACUGAAAUAUUUAGGUGUGAACUGUACUGAUAUUUACAUCUGCAGAUAACUUGAAACAAAGCAAAAAAAGUAGAAGCAAAUAUAGCAAAAUGUUACUGAUAAUUUAUAUGGUAGUUAUACAAAUUUUUGUUGUAUAUCUUUUCUAUUUUUCUGUGUUUAAAAAUUUUAUAUAAAAACUCAUAAUUAUUGCAGCCAUCAGACAAAUGUAAUUAAUCUAAAUUUCCUUGUUAAGAGAGAGUAAAUAUGUACUUAAGAAAAUGACAUGUAUUUUUUUAGUGCAUCAACAAAGAUGUUCAAAGAAGCAUAGAAACACAUUAAAACUUAGUGUAGAAAUUAUAAUCCCAUAGCAGUAAAGCUCUGUUUAAUAUGAAAAUCAUAAUUCAGAGCCUAUAUGUGCCAGAGGUCAUAGCAUCAGACCACAUGAAGGAAAUGUGCUAAAAAAUAAGUUUACAAAAUAUUAAAUUUAAUUUCUAGACAUGAUAGAUAAUAGUCAGUAUAUAAUAGGUAAGUUUUAUAAACUAUGCAGCAUCCACACCAUAAAAUUCCUAACAUGAAAUUUUAAGACUCCUUGUUUGAGAUACCAAAAUUGAAAAUAUACUAGGCAUAUAUGUUUGAGCACAAAGAAAAUCAUAUUAAACAAUACUCCCACCCCAAAAAAAAAUAAGUUAUGUGAUGACAAUUUCACUCAUUCCUUAAGAUUUAAAUAAUCAGAGCUUCAAAAUUGAUCUAAAAUAUUCAGGUUUAUGUUCUCACAGUCACUUCUGCUUUUCUUCUUCCUUCCAGAUUUUUACUCUAUACUCUUCAUCUUUGUGGCCAUACCAUUAUCUCUGCCCUGGCAUAGGUCACUGCCUGUUGUCUUUGAUGACCUCAUAAAACAGGAUUGUGCUUGUAGCAUUGCUUCUAACAUGGAGGACCACACCGGAUCCCACAUAGUGAACAACUUGAACUUGUUCAUCAGUCAUUUCAGUUGCCAUCUAUUGAGCACCUCUCACUGGCUGCCCCAACUCACAGGAUUCUUCAACUUGCUGAGCUCUCUUCCUCUCCUACCCUUUCCCCUUUCUGUGUCUUCUCCCUUAAUCCUCUCCUUUGCUGAUCCCCAAAUGAAUUUAUCCCAUUUUCUCACACAACGUCAUUUAGUCACCUCUUCGUCUGCCUUCCUUUCAUUCAGGUCACUGUUCCAUGCACUUCCUCCGAAAGGUUUUCUGUGGCCAUUCUUCACAGACUUGAUGAUGGUCUCCGUUGUUACUGCUUAACUUCCUUCUCCCUGUUGGAAUGGAUCCUGUCGCCUGACCACUGCCAUCAGUGGGCUUCACUGGGCCUCGAGAGGCCAGAGCACAGGUCUCCAUCUGAACUUGGUAGUGGAAUGCCACGUGGAACCUUGACUUCACUAGGAGUGGAAUAUAUGAAGAAAAUAGUUGAUUCUCCAUGUCCCAAAGUAAGACACUUACAAUUUGCAGCUGCUUACAACCUUGGAAGAGCUUAUUACGAAGGAAAAGGCAUUAACCGAUCAAUUGAGGACGCUGAGAGACUUUGGCUCUUUGCUGCGGACAAUGGGAAUCCAAAAGCCAGUGUGAAGGCUCAAAGUACGCUAGGGUUGUAUUAUUCAACGAAGGAACCCAAAGAGCUAGAAAAGGCAUUUUAUUGGCAUUCAGAAGCAUGCGGCAACGGGAACCUGGAGUCCCAGGGUGCCCUGGGGCUCAUGUACUUCUACGGACAUGGCAUCCAACAGGACACGGAGGCCGCCCUGUACUGCUUGCGGGAAGCCGCGGAGCGUGGAAAUGUCUACGCCCAAGGGAACCUCGUGGAGUAUUACUACAACAUGAAGUUCUUUACAAAGUGCGUCGCCUUUUCCAAAAGGGUCGCCGACUACGACGAGGAGCAAGACAUCCCGACGAUCGCCCAGGUCACGGACUGCCUCCCGGAGUUCAUCAGCAGAGGCAUGGCCAUGGCCGCCUUCUACCACGCCCGGUGCCUACAGCUUGGCUUGGGGACCACAAAGGAUGAAGCAACCGCUAAACAGUAUUAUUCUAAGGCUUGUCGUCUGGAUCCUGCAUUAGCAGAUGAACUUCACUCUUUACUUAUUCGCCAAAGAAUUUAGACCAUAGUGCAUUUCAACAAAGAUCAUGUGUCCUAAUACCUUCAAAUGUGAGAAGUGGCCUCACCUGGAAUGUUUUCUAGCAGCUUCUGCUGGGCUCUCUGCUUCGUUUCCUGGCUUUGUUCUUUGCUUCUGAUUUUGGUCGGUGGUGCGAGUUUCCCAUUUGGCCAAAAAGCAUCCCGGAAAACAGUGAUGUAGUACACCAGCAUCUGCUCGCUGAAAAUCCAGUUCACUGUGUCCCGAAUUUGUCUUUUAAGAGAAAUAUAUUUCUUGGAUGAGAUUUUAAACAGUUUUCAUACUCUGUUCUCAAAAGGCAUUUAUCAAUUAUCAAUGAGUAGGUUAAGACACAGCCUGGUCUAAAUGUUUGAUGAAUAAACUAGGAAUGGCUUUGUAAGCUCUGGCUCUGAGUUGGUUUCUAUGUGGGUAAUCCUGAAUGUCCACUUAUUCCUGGAGCUUGCAUUUUCUUUGGUGCUGACUUCUGUGGUAUCUUUCACUGAGAGACUGAUCUGUCUGAAGUUUGCAACUGUCCUCACUGUGCUCAGAACUCAAUAUACCGAUUUCUCCAUGAGGUGCUAUCGGCUGGAAACGUAAGUCGCCGAAAGGCGGUUAAAAGUGCCUGAGCAUCCCGAGUCCUGAGGUCUGUGGCAGGUCCCGGGCAGAGUCCUGACCCAGGGACUCGUGGCACGUGCUCGCGAGGCAGGAGAGAACCGGGCACCCUCUCACCACAAGGUGGAGGACCCGAGAGAUGCACUCUCUCCAGCCAUUUCCAGUUUCCGUGGGAGUGAAAAUUGGGCACGGCAAUAAAUAAAAGGCUUUUAUCUGCAACCAGGUCUCCCACACAACCCUGUGUCAUCAGUUACCAGUCAACGUCUAACCAAUUACAGGGCUGCUAUCAGGAGACAAGUAACCGUAGUUGAGAGAGCCCGAGAGUGGUUGUUCAUUGGGAAUAGGAAGUCUCUUUGUUGAAAAGGGGGAAAGAAUCAUUUUAGAAGUUAGUGCCAGAAAGACCUGAAAUUUCAAACUCAAUUCAUGAGUAAUAAAUUUAAAAAUCGGACUUACCAACCCAAUUUUUAAAGGGACAAUGUAAGGUUUUGAGACUGCACACAGUAACCAGUCACUACCGAAGUCUCCCCUCCACUGGGAUCACAGUGUUCAUUGUUUGCACCUUUCAUUGCUUAGAACUUAAAUGCAAUGCAUAUCUAGACCAAAUAAAGUAACUCUAUUAACUUAAUGGGCUUGUGAUUUAAGAGAGCCUGCCGCCCCCACCAGCCUAAGAAGAAUCUACAUAACAAGGCAGACGCCUUGUUUCCUGUCACCUGCCUUUGGUGCUACAUGAAGAAAUGAGUAAGAACAUUUCAAUUUGCAACUUAAAAUGGGGUAAGUGACUCUCACCAAAGGCCAUCACCUAAGUCUUUACUAUCAGUUUAGGUCUGACUUUCUAUCAGCCAAAACCACAGGAAGCUUUUGAAGCAAUCCUGGUAUGUGGAAUUAGAGUUGUACAAGGCAGGUACUGCUGCUGAUUUCUAUGAGACAUCAUCAGCUAAAGGCAAAAAAGCAAAGGACAAGCGGGCAGGGCCUCCAUAUUCCUCCACCUGACAAAAGGCCAUUGAGAGGAAGAGCCUGGACAGCCUACAGGUGCCUCCUCACCAGCCCACUGAGCUCACUGACAUUUCAGAGCCACUGUCUACAGAGGAGCAAGAAAAGCAUGAAUAACUUGCUGAAACUGAAAAUAAAAACACAUUGGCAGGUCUGAGUACUGAGGACAAUAGGGCCAUUUUGGAAAUGUCAUUAUCCAACGCCUAUCAUUACUAAAAUCAAAUUUUGACUCAGACUGAAACUUAAACAGGCCAUGUUUUCUGAUUAAAACAAAAGCCUAUGAUAGGAGCUAAAGAAAUCACCAACACCAGUUAUUAAAAAAUCUUAGAAAUAAACAGAAGAAAAAUUUUGUUUAAGACCAAGGAAAAUAUAUGUGCAAAUGAAUAAAAAGAUAACACGUUUUUUAUUUUCCACAAACGUGUAAGAUUUAUACGAUAAAACUAUCACAUUAACCUUGUACAUGUUUGACAACAAAACUAGUCUUUCAAUUUGAAAAGUCUGAUUUUCAUCUUAAAAUACAGUUGCUGUACAAAAAUGUGAUUUUUCCCCUUAUUUUUAGCAGUCGACUCACAUUUUUAUUGUGCAACAAAGCCAUAAUGUUUGUCUCCUGGAGAAUACUAGAUAUGGAGUUAAACUUUCAUGCAUAUAGAUAAUGGAAUAUUAAAAUAUUCACAUGGCUUAUAA